UCCAUUCUGUCGUAGUGCAUUUGGAUGGACUGUGACCUUGUUCCGCGGGUGACACCAACUCUGAGUAGCCCAUAUAAAUAAAUGUUCUAGAACAAUAAAUUGACAAAAUGUGGUACUGGGGGUUGUCGAGUGGGGAGGCACUUUUCCUCGUAGGCACAUUGGACACGAUGUUGGCUGUCUCCUCAACUUGUGAAACAUUUGCCAUCCACUUCCACAAAGUCGGUGUGGACAAGGACAAAUUUCUGGAGUUUAACCAUCAUUUAGCAGCCUACUCAAGCUGGGCUCUGUUAGGGAUGGAAGGCUCCAAACUGGGAUGGAGCCUCCUCCUCUGGAUUGGAGGUCUAAUUCUCGGAAAGCGUCACGUUCUUAAAGUUUGGAUUUAUAUUUCCCUUGUUCACGAAGUGCUGCUUCAACUGCUUGUCUGGAUCUCAGAAUACCAUCACCACCAUUCACUCCCCGAUCACGGUGGUGCUUCUCGAACGCUGCUCCUCAUUCGUAUCACCUACGCCGCCCUGGUUAGACUCCUCUUUCGAACUUGUCUGGUCGUGAGUGCGGCGUUUUUCCUGAGAAGAUGGGGCAGGGUAUCCACUGAGGAGGAGGUUGAUGUGAGAGAAGUUCAAGGGUCCGCCUGUAAUCCUGUUCCAUCAGGGGAUGUGGCUUUCCAGAAGGACGAAUUUGGGAGUAGUGGGGGUGCUCGAAGUCUUCUCUCUGCUCUACCCGGACCUUCGUCGUCGUCCUCCUUCAUUCAACUCCCACCCAUUCUGACGGUCCCUCAGGAUUUCGAGAUCCUCCCCGUGGGUUCCGGCUUGCCCAACACUCUCCGAUUUUAUUAUGGAGACAUUUCCCGUCUUAUCAAACUCUUACUAACAAUCGAUUUUACGUGGGGAAUAUUUCGACUUGUUGAGCGAGAAGUGAGUCAGCUUGUUUUUGGGGCGGGGAUAAUGAUGGGUACGUAUCCUCUCAGCAGCGUUUCCACCCCCAUUUUCACCGAGGAACGCAUCAUCCGGAUCUUCAGACUCACAUUUGACGCAAUUUUUCUUCACAAUCUUCACCACGACAAGCCUCCUUUUGAAGGUCAUCUGAUUCUUCCCAAGUUGGUCGAAAUUUGCGUGAGCCUUGGAAUCCUGGUGUUCAUCCGCGUCGUAGACCAUGCGUUUCCCCUCUUCACCAUCUUCUACGUUUUCUUCGUUCUCGACCUCCUCUUCCGCGCAGUGACUUUCGCGCUUUGCUACAAGGCGUAUGGGGACUUUCUCUGCAGAAGACAUCGCCAUGCUGUCACUGCUGUCGCGAAUCGCAAUCUCAAGAGAAUCAACAGCGUCAUCGCUCGCCCUACUUAAACUACGUACAUAUACAGGAACAGAGACUAAAGAGCUCAACCAUAAAACAACAAAAGGAGCUAACAAAACAUAAAUUAAAUGGUCAAUAAAUCAAUUCCGAAUUUUCCACCUCGUCCAUGGAA